GAGAGUGGAGGGGAGGGAGAGAGAAGUGCAAGGAGAGAGGGCUGCUUUAUAGCUGCUAAGAUUGCAGACAGAAAUAGCAGGCAACCACUGUGAGCUGUCUCCGACUCAGAAGCCAAGACCAAAUUGUAUUCACUUUCGUUAAUCAGAUGAGCAGAAAGAAGGAAAUGACAUCUGGUCCUGUCCUCUUCUACAUCUUAAUGAUCGGAAAAUAUUUCUCCCGCGGGCGCGCGCUGGAGGCCGCCAAGUGUCCCGUGGGCUUCUUCCCCUGCGGGAACGUCACCACCUGCCUGCCCCAGCAGCUGCACUGCAACGGCGUGGACGACUGCGGGAACCGGGCCGACGAGGAGAACUGCGGGGACAACAAUGGAUGGUCUCUGCAACUUGACAAAUACUUUGCCAGUUAUUACCAAAUGGCCUCCCCCUAUCCCUUUGAUGCGGAAAGAUCCGAAUGCUCUCUUCAUCUCUUCCUUUUCAUGACCCCCGCUGUCCUGGCCCCUUGCUGUCCCCUCUGCCUAUGUCUCUGCACAGUGGUUGGCUCUGUGCCCGGGUGUUGUUCAUGCCGAGGUCUAGUGCUGGACUGUGACGAAGCCAGUUUACAUGCUGUCCCAUCAGUUUCUUCAAAUGUGACUGCAAUGUCACUUCAGUGGAACUUCAUAAGAAAACUUCCUCCCAAUGCCUUCAAGAAGUACCAUGAUCUUCAGAAGCUGUACUUGCAAAACAACCAGAUCAUAUCUGUAUCCACCUAUGCCUUCAGAGGAUUGUACAACCUUAAUAAACUGUAUCUCAGUCAUAACAGAAUAACCUUCCUGGAGCCAGGUGUCUUUGAAGAUCUCCACAGACUUGAAUGGCUGAUCAUUGAAGAUAAUCACCUCAGUCGAAUUUCCCCACUAACGUUUUAUGGCCUAAAUUCUCUUAUUCUCUUGGUGCUGAUGAACAACGUCCUCACCCAUCUGCCCCAUGAGCCUCUUUGCCAGCACAUGCCAAGACUGCACUGGCUGGACUUUGAAGGCAACCAUAUCUAUAAUUUAAGGAAUAUGACUUUUAUUUCCUGCAGUGAUUUGACUGUUUUGGUACUGAGAAAAAACAAAAUCAACCACUUAAAUGAAAAUACUUUUGCACAUCUCCAGAAACUAGAUGAAUUGGAUUUAGGAAGUAAUAAGAUUGAAAAUCUUCCACCACAUAUAUUUCAGGAUCUGAAGGAGCUGUCACAAUUGAAUAUUUCCUACAAUCCAAUCCAGAACAUUCAAGCAAAUCAAUUUGAUUAUCUUGUCAAGCUCAAGUCUCUCAGCCUAGAAGGAAUUGAAAUUUCAAAUAUCCAACAAAGGAUGUUUAACCCUCUUGUGAAUCUCUCUCACAUAUAUUUUAAGAAAUUCCAGUACUGUGGCUACGCACCACACGUCCGCAGCUGUAAACCCAACACUGAUGGGCUCUCUUCUCUUGAGAACCUCCUGGCCAGUGUCAUUCAGAGAGUGUUUGUCUGGGUCGUGUCUGUGGUCACCUGCUUUGGAAACAUUUUUGUCAUCUGCAUGCGACCUUAUAUCAGGUCUGAGAACAAGCUGCAUGCCAUAUCAAUCAUUUCUCUCUGCUGUGCCGAUUGCCUCAUGGGAGUGUACUUAUUUGUCAUCGGAGCCUUGGACCUCAAGUUCCGUGGAGAAUACCAUAAGCAUGCACAGCUGUGGACGGACAGUACAAAUUGUCAGCUUAUGGGCUCUUUGGCCAUUCUGUCCACAGAAGUGUCAGUUCUACUUUUGACAUUUCUUACUUUGGAGAAAUACAUCUGCAUUGUGUAUCCUUUUAGGUGUUUAAGACCUCGAAAAUGCAGAACAAUUACAAUUCUGAUUCUCAUUUGGAUUGUUGGGUUCAUAGUGGCUUUCAUUCCACUAAGCAAUAAGGAAUUUUUCAAAAACUACUAUGGUACCAAUGGAGUAUGUUUCCCUCUUCACUCAGAAGAUACAGAAAGUACUGGAGCCCAGAUUUAUUCAGUGGCAAUUUUUCUUGGUGUUAACUUGGCAGCGUUUGUCAUCAUUGUGUUUUCCUAUGGAAGCAUGUUUUACAGUGUUCACAGAAGCACCGGGACAGCAACUGAAAUACGGAAUCAAGUUAAAAAAGAGAUGAUCCUCGCCAAGCGGUUUUUCUUUAUUGUAUUUACCGAUGCAUUAUGCUGGAUACCCAUUUUUGUACUAAAAUUUCUUUCACUGCUUCAGGUAGAAAUACCAGGUACAAUAACUUCUUGGGUAGUGAUUUUUAUUCUGCCUAUCAACAGUGCUUUGAACCCAAUUCUUUAUACUCUGACCACAAGACCAUUCAAAGAAACCAUCCACCAGUUUUGGUACAACUACAGACAAAGAAGGUCUAUUGACAGCAAACGAAGUCAGAAAACAUACCCUCCAUCCCUCAUCUGGGUGGAGAUGUGGCCUCUCCAGGAGAUGCUGCCUGAGGCCAGGAGGCCAGCUGCUUUCACAGACCCCUGUGAAAUGUCACAGAUUUCUCAAUCAACUCGACUCAAUUCCUAUUCAUAGCUGACUCAGAGGCCCACUUCUUCACAGAGAAUACUGUGGGGAGCUCCAGGAGGGACUUCUGAGCAAGAAAUAAAUACCAUAAAAUUAUUAAAUUAAUAUAGACAUUAAUAAUGGCUAAGACAAAUUAGCUUACAAGGAGAUAAAGAAAAAAGUGGUUAAAGCUUAUAUAAAAGAAAUUAUAAUCAUAAUGUGUAUAUAAAAUAUAUAUUUUGUAUAAGAAAUUAAGAGAAAUCUACUACAGAGAGAUUAAUUCAUUGUUCUAUCAUACAU